GCCACCAUUCCUAAGAUGCUCUCCAAUCUUAUCAGCAAGCAAAAGACUAUCUCCUUCAUUGGUUGCCUCUUGCAGAUGUACUUCUUUCAUUCACUUGGAAACACUGAGGGAGUCUUGCUGACUGUCAUGGCCAUCGACAGAUAUGUAGCCAUCUGCAGACCACUUCACUAUCCAACAAUCAUGACCUCCAGGCUAUGUGCUCAGCUCUCUGCAGGCUCCUGUAUCUUUGGUUUUAUGAUCCUUCUACCAGAGAUUGUAUGGAUUUCAACUUUACCCUUCUGUGGUCCCAAUCUAAUCCACCAGAUCUUCUGUGAUUUCACCCCCUUGUUGAAUUUAACAUGUACGGAUGCAUCUGUGAUUCUGGUGCAAGAUGUGAUUCAUGCUCUUGCCAUUAUGAUAACAGCUCUGGUUAUUUCUCUUUCUUAUAUCAGAAUUAUCUUUGUGAUCUUAGGCAUCCCUUCAGCUGAGGGUCGCAAGAAGGCCUUUUCCACGUGUGCUGCCCAUAUUGCUGUCUUCCUGCUGUUUUUUGGCAGUGUGAGCCUCAUGUAUCUCAGAUUUUCUGCUACUUACACACCCUUCUGGGACACUGUGAUUGCUCUGAUGUUCUCUGUGCUUGCUCCCUUUUUCAAUCCUAUUAUAUAUAGCCUGCGGAAUAAGGAUAUGAAAGAGGCAAUUAAGAAGCUCCUUUGUUCUCAGAAAGUGUUUACUAUAUCUCAAAAGUAA